AGUUUAUUUCACAAACGAACGUACCUUAUUUUAUUGUUGGUACCACUGCAUGUCAAAAAAAGUGCGGGUACAACAAAAAAGCCACCAUCAAAAUCCAACAAAUUUUUAAACAAUUUAAUUUUUAUAAAUAAAAUAUUACUCUUUUAUUAAUUAAUUUCCAUCUAAAAGUUAAGUCUUAAUAAAACAAAAAACAUGUCUUUCAUGAAUCCAGUUGAUAUGGUAGAAGAAGAUGCUGCAGAUCUUCAAUUUCCCAAAGACCAAAACGACUUAGAAGAUAACGAAAAUGAUUAUAUUAAACUCGAACCAAGUGCUUCCACAAAGCACACAGUAAAAUAUUACAAACAACGAACCUCAUCCAUUCACAAUGAUCUCGACAUCUCUCACGAUCUUUGUCAAACUUGCAAACAAAUUCUAGAGAUUCCCCAUAUCAAAUGCCCCGAAUGUGAUAUAAAUUUAUGCCUUAAUUGCUUUGCACGUGGCAAAGAAAUCGCCCGUCAUCGCAACACUCAUUCGUACAUAAUAAUUCAUGACAAUAUUCAAGUAUUUCCAUGGUCCGAUUGGACUGCCUUCGAAGAGAAACUCUUUUUGCGUUCGUUGCAAAUGUUAGGCUAUGGGAAUUGGGAUGACAUUGCCAAGGCAAUGCGUACACGCACUCCUGACGAAUGUCGACAUCAUUAUCAUGAAUGUUAUUUCGAUGGUAUUUUUCGUAAAUUACUCGGAUUGAGCAAUGAGUUUUACUUUCCCGAACGAACUCCUUAUUUGUAUAAAUUAAAAAGCGUAGACCCGCCAAGACACGAAGCUGACGAUACGAUAAAUGCUAAGAUAAUGGCUGGGUAUCGUUGUGCACGGGGGGACUUUGAUACGCCAUAUGAUAAUUCGGCUGAAAGUUUGAUAAGUAAUUUGGAAGACUUGAGCCAAUGGCCAAGUGAGUAUAAGAGGUUUGGUGAAGAAUUGCAUUGUGGUAUUGUCAAGGCGUACAAUCAUCGUCUAGCCGAACGCCAACGUAGAUGUAGAAUUAUGCGUGAUAAUGGUCUAAUUGUUGCAAGUCGAACAUUAGGGUGGAUUGCUAAGUAUUCGGAAGCACUUGAAUCACAAAACAACGCUGGAAGAUUUUUGGCAUUUAUGCAGAUUACAAAUGGAAUGAAAUUUGAUAUGCUUGUGGAAGCAAUGAGUCAUUUUACUGAAUUGCGUAAAUAUGUUUACAGGCUUUAUGAACUACGCAAAAAUGGUGUUCGCUCUCUCCAUGGUGGUUUAAUAUACUUCAAACAGUUAAAGAGGCGACAUCAAGACGCGAGAAACAGAAAAAGUGAACGUCUGAAAAACGAUUGGAAAAUUCUUAUCCCAGAUCCAAAUAAUCCUAUAACUGGAUCAUACAUAGUUCCAAAUAUAUUUUCACCAAAUCCAAGAAAAAAAGCUGCUCCAAUAGACAUUAUAGGACUACCGGGCUACGCAAAACUUACACAAAGCGAACGUGAUCUUUGCAGUGUUGCUCGUAUUAUACCUUCAUCAUUUUUAAAUUAUAAAACUUUAUUAGUUGCAGAAAAUGCAAAAAUCGGAUAUCUUAGAUUAGCAGAUGCUAGAAGAUUGAUUAAAAUUGAUGUCAAUAAAACACGACAAAUUUAUGACUUUUUACUAGAAGAAGGACAUAUAAAUAAACCCACAUGAAUUAAACACAAGAUUGUUUUUUUUUCUUCAAUUUUUCAAAUAUUUUUUUUUUAAACCCAGAAAGAAGUUAUCGUGCCAUUGAGAGGUAUCCUUUGAGCAA